ACCACCCGACCCAUGUACACCCAUAAACACGAGUACACGACCCUGGCCUGAGCCAAACCUAACCAACGCUGCUGAGCGUGACCAGUAAACACCCAAAAAGGGAAAUGGGCUCGUCGUCAGCCCCGCCGCCGUCUCUUUUCCUCCGCCCGUCCGGUGCUCCUACCCUUUCGCCGCACCGUAAUGCCGUCAUUCCCAGUUCUUCCGACUCCUUUCUCCGAUCCAGAAACCCUAGGUUACUCCACCUCUCCGCUUCAUUCACCGACGGUCAACUUGAACUGUCCUGGUUCCUCCCGAACUCUAACCCUCCCACUCCAGAUGGCCGCAGCAAUGAUGAAUUUAACGGCUGGGCUGUCGUCGAAGCCCCUGCAACCCCCAACAAGAGGAAGAAAGGGGGCAAAUUGCAACCUCGUUGCCCUUCGGAUGCUGCCAUUAUGACUUCCGUGGACGACGAAAGUGAAGCCAAGGAGUUGGCUUCGCCUGGUGAUAAUGUUGGUGUUCCUGAGGCCAUUCCAGAGUCUGUUCCUGAGCCUCCUGCUGUAUCCCGCACUUAUGAGAAGCGUUUUAAAGUUUCGGUUGCUUUGGAUUCAACACAGUUGGAAGCCCUAGCGAGCUUGCAGAAACUAAAGGUAAAUCCCAAGUACAGAGUUGUCCCAACUAUAUCCCUUUCAGGAUCUCUUGCUGCUGCAUUUGAUGACAUCAGCAUUGAUGAUCCAGAUUUUGUGUAUAUUCAAGCUCUAGCUGAGGCCGGCAUCAUACCAAGCAAAUUGUCCUCAACAACUUUGUUUUCUGGCACUUCAGAAGAUGGAAGCUUCUACUUUUAUCCAAAUAGGUACCUGUCCCGGAAGGAAAUGAUCAACUGGAGAGCUCAGUUAGAGUAUGCCAUCUUGCCUGUAACAAAAGAGCAGAUGUCAAGAAUAAGAGUAGAUUACAUGGAUGUGAAGGACAUCACUUCAGAUACAUCACCUGAAUUCUUUGCUGACAUGUUGGCCGGGGAGAAAAGCAUAAUCAGAAAAGUGUUUGGACAGAGUAGGCGUUUUCAGCCAAAUAAACCUUCAACCAAGGCACAGGCAGCUGUGACACUGACAAGUGGCAGAAUGGCCGAAGCGGUUCACCACGAAUUACUCAGACUGAAAGCAGAGAGUUCUUCAAGGCAGGCUGCUGCUGAAGAAAUUAAGUCUGAGCUGCUCGAAAGAGGCGAUAUCAAGAACUUUUGGAAUGAAAAGCUUCUUUUUGAAAGAAACCAUGGAGUUGAAGUGCAGAAGCUCUACAUUGCCACCUUGCAGGAUUUGGAUAAGGAGAAAGAUCUUCAAGUCAAAACUCUGACUGAGAACAUGAAGGAAAAAGCAGCUAUGGACUGUCAGAGACAUCUAAUUCUCACUCUUAAGGAAGAGAUAGAAGAUAUGGCAGAAAGGCUUGCAUCCGAGAGGACUACAUAUGUAGCUGAGCAGUGUAACAUUCAGGAGUUGAGGAAAGCAGUGCUGAUGGAUCAGGAAGGGGUUCUUGAUUCAAAAUCUAUUCUGGAAGCUGAAAUAGAAGCUCUCCAAGUUCUCAGGACUUGGGUAGAAGACGAAGCAAAGAAAAGCCAGGCGCAGGCUAAAGUCCUUGAGGAGGUAGGACGGCGGUGGAAAUGGGACAACCAAGCUUGAAUUCUCGCCGUGUUGUACAAGUAAAAAACUGCAUAAUAAUUAACCUAUCAUUCGUUAGUUUCUUCAUCUUCAGGGGAAUAGAAGGGUUGUGUGAAAAAGUCCCGGAGUGACGUGGUAAUGUUUAGAACUGGGCAUUAGGAGUCAUCAUCAUGAUGUGAUUACUUCAGGAUAAAUUAGGCCGAGGCAAUGAGACAAGAACUUCGGUGGAUAUUUUCUUCUUCUUUUUUCCGGGCCAUGUUCUGAGGGACAUUCCUGGUCCUGGAAGCAUGUUUCAUAUUUAGACCGGAUGCGCAAGAAAACAUUGUGGUCAGUUCGAAUGCCUAUGCCUUCUAGAUCGGGUCAUAAUGCGUUAUGGUACAAUUUCGUGUAAAGAUGUUUUGCUCGCUGUGAUGGCAAAUCUGAAUGUUGUGCUGAUUUUU